GAUGCUUCUGUGUAAUGAACUCAUGAAUAAUGUGCUGCUGCAGACACGUGUAGAACCAGCUGCAGGAUACAUGGCUCUUUAAGGAGGCAUUAAAAGCGUUUCUAUUUGGAUCGAUAUCUUAUUUUGUUUAGAGGUUUUGUGAGCUUUUUUUCGUCGUCGACAUUUUGUUUUGAAGAGCAGAAUAUUUUGGUUUUCUCCGACUUGCAGACACCAGAGCUCCAUGAUGAAGUACAUCCUGGUUACUGGAGGAGUGAUCUCAGGCAUCGGUAAAGGCAUCAUAGCGAGCAGCGUGGGAACCAUCCUGAAGUCAUGCGGCCUGCAUGUGACAGCCAUCAAGAUCGACCCGUACAUCAACAUAGACGCCGGCACGUUCUCCCCCUACGAGCACGGGGAGGUGUUCGUGCUGGACGACGGCGGUGAGGUGGAUCUGGAUCUGGGGAACUACGAGCGCUUCCUGGACAUCCGGCUGACCAAAGACAACAACCUGACCACCGGGAAGAUCUACCAGUCGGUCAUCAACAAGGAGAGGAGGGGGGACUACCUGGGCAAGACCGUGCAGGUGGUGCCACACAUCACAGACGCCAUCCAGGAGUGGGUCAUGAAACAGGCCAAGGUUCCUGUGGAGGACGACGGCGUAGAACCUCAAGUCUGUGUAAUAGAGCUGGGCGGCACGGUGGGAGACAUCGAGAGCAUGCCCUUCAUCGAGGCCUUCAGGCAGUUCCAGUUCAAAGUGAAGAGGGAGAACUUCUGCAACAUCCACGUCAGCCUCAUUCCUCAGCCCAGUGCGACAGGAGAGCAGAAAACAAAACCCACACAGAACACGGUCCGAGAGCUCAGAGGACUCGGACUGUCCCCCGAUCUGAUCAUGUGCCGCUGCGCAACGGCUCUGGAGAACUCGGUGAAAGAGAAGAUCUCCAUGUUCUGUCACGUGGAACCUGAACAGGUGAUCUGUGUGGCCGACGUCUCCUCCAUCUACAAAGUUCCUCUGCUAUUGGAGCAGCAGGGGGUCGUGGGCUUUCUGACCCGGAGACUCAACAUGCCCAUGGAGACCCAGCCGCGCAGGAUGCUCACCAAGUGGAAGGAGAUGUCCGACAGGUCCGACCGGCUGCUCGAGCACUGCUCCAUCGCUCUGGUUGGUAAAUACACAAAGUUCUCCGACUCGUACGCCUCGGUGAUCAAAGCUCUGGAGCACUCGGCGCUCGCCAUCAGCCACAAACUGGAGGUCAAGUACAUCGACUCUGCGAAUCUGGAGCCGUCCAUGCUGCAGGAGGAGCCGGUGAAAUACCACGAGGCCUGGCAGAAGCUCUGCAGCGCCGACGGGAUCCUGGUUCCUGGGGGGUUCGGCGUCAGAGGAACUGAGGGGAAGAUUCACGCCAUCAGCUGGGCCAGGAAACAGAAGAAACCCUUCCUAGGUGUGUGUCUCGGGAUGCAGUUAGCUGUGUGUGAAUUUGCCAGGAACACACUCGGCUGGACAGACGCCAACUCCACUGAGUUCGACCCGGACUCAGAGCAUCCUGUGGUGAUCGACAUGCCGGAACACAACCCGGGUCAGAUGGGCGGCACCAUGCGGCUCGGGAAGAGACGCACCAUCUUCAAGACCAACAACAGCGUGCUGCGUAAACUGUACGGAGACGCAGAGUAUGUGGACGAGAGGCACAGACACCGCUUUGAGGUGAACCCGGAGCUGAAGAGCCACUUUGAGGAGAAAGGGUUCCGCUUCGUGGGUCAGGACGUGGAGGGAGAGAGGAUGGAGGUCAUCGAGCUCGACGAUCAUCCGUACUUCGUGGGGGUUCAGUAUCACCCAGAGUUCACCUCCCGCCCCAUCAAACCCUCCCCCCCGUACCUGGGUCUGCUUCUGGCUGCAGCCGGGAAGCUGCAGGGGUAUUUAGUGAAGGGCUGCCGGCUCUCCCCACGGGACACGUAUAGCGACCGCAGCGGCAGCAGCAGUCCGGACUCGGAGAUCUCAGAGCUGAAAAUGCCUUCUCUCUCUAAUGAAUGAUUUUUAAGCUGCUGGGAUGAAUGUUACAGCCCUCCGAUGAGCUUGUGCGGGAAAGCUGCAGAAACUGGGCUCAGGAACAUGCAGCGCCAGUACAACCCUCACCUUGGCCUUACUGUAAAUAGGUAAUUUUACCCAACUGUUUGCAGUGAACGUGUCUCUAGAUGUCCGUCACAUGUAAAUUCAAGAAUAUAAAUAAAGGGAUUCUCAAAAAACUUCUGAA